AUGGCCACGAAAGCCGACUUCGAUCGUAUCGGCAACUAUGCGCUCAUGUACAAUAAAGACCAGAAUAUUGAUCGACGACGAUGCUCCCGCACUGUACCCAUGCAGGUCCUCGCCCUGGGCUACUCUCGCACGGGUACCAUGUCUAUGCGGUCCGCCUUGAACACCUUGGGAUACCCCAACACAUACCACUUCAGCAGCUUCUACGAAAACGUCCGCGACUGCGAUGUGUGGCAAGAACUUUUCGCGGCCAAGUUCGAAGGCAAGGGAACUGUCACCAAGCGGCAGUUCGAUGGGCUAUUGGGAUACUGCGGUGCUGUUACCGACAUGCCGUGCCAUCUCUUCGCCGCUGAGCUGAUCGCCUUCUACCCCGAUGCCAAGGUCGUCCUCGUCGAGCGGGAGUUGGAGUCUUGGUACAGAUCCUGGUCGGGCUUCGUUGAAAACGCUCUGAGUCCUACACUGCCCUUGCUCGCAAUGCUUGACCCGUACUGGCUGGGUCGAAUCGUCGGUGUUGGGGCGGCAGGAGUCGACAAGCAGGUUGGGAGUGCCAGGACAGUUACUGCUGCCAAAGCGAGAUCUCGUGAAGAGUACCGCAAACACUACGCCUUCGUCCGCUCGAUCGUCCCGAAAGAUCGUCUGCUAGAAUACCAACUUCGCGAGGGGUGGGAACCACUGUGUGCGUUCCUCGAGAAACCAAUCCCCAGCGUUGCCUUUCCACACGUCAACGACUCUGCCCACAAUGCGCAGUCUUUCAAAGAGAUCGCUAUCAAGGGAAUUGGAAACAUCUUGAGAAAUGGCAUGUUGAUCGUCGCCAUCGUGGGCGUCCCUGCGGGGGCCUUUUUCAUCUGGCGACAGAUGUCCCGCCACAGGCACCCCCUGGAUUGA